AUGCAAAGCCUAUUGACCAUAAAACCAGACCAGCUCGGACUUGAACAAUACAAGAGAAAGAUUGCCAGAAAGAAGGCAACCAUUGAGUCCCAGCUGAGGAAUGCGGUACAGACACAGCUGGACGGGGUACAGAAAGGCCUCAAGAGUCUCCAGGACGCGAGUGUAGUGAUGCAGACUAUACAUCUGAAUAUGGGAGAGGUGGAGCAGCUGUAUCAACAAUGUGCUGAUCUGUCAGAGGUCGUCAAGCCUAUUAAAGACGUCAGCAGGAAGCACCAACAGCUGAAGACGACGAUGGUGCACAUCCAGAACAUCUUCAACAGUCCUCAAGUAUGUCAGGAAACGAAGGAACUCAUAGCCGACGGCCGACUGCUAGAGGCCCACAGGAACUUGGCGGAGUUGGAGCACAAACUGCUGAUUCAGCUGUUUCACAGUGAAGACUCUUAUGUCGACAAGAACACAUCACUCCACCACUACUUUAAGCCACUGGCCGGUCUCUCUAGCUCCCUGGGUCAGCAACUGUGGCUGAUUAUGCACCAGACAACUGGCCUCGUGGAGGGAGAGCCUCGUAAGCUCGUCACCGCCCUCAGGAUAAUUGAGAGGGAGGAGAAAACAGACGCUCUCAUUAGAGACAUGCUCGACGAGAAAAGCAUUCCACAUUCUCAGUUGCCAGGGAGACCAAAGAAAUGGAAGGAAAAGUGUUUGGAGAUACUGGAGACUUCAAUCUCCAAUAAGUUCAAGGAGCUUGAGCCGGGGGAACAAGAGAAGAUAGAGAACAAGGCGUGGUUAGUGGAGUACCUCACCUCUGUGGCAACAUUCUGCUACACCGACUUGCAAGCCAUCAAAGAUCACGGCACCAAAUGUUUCCCUCCUCACUACGACAUACUCGACAAGUUCAUUAAGUGGUACCAUCAGUGCCUCGUCAAACUGAUCUCAGAGCGUGUUCAGAAGGGGCUCAAUGCCAAAGACAUUAUCACCAUCAUGAUUUUGAUCGGAGAUGUCAGGGAGUCUUUCAAUGAGACCCUGGAUAUUGACUUCAACAAUUAUGGGCAGCUCAUUGACCCAGCAAUAGAGAAGGAUCUGCAAGCAACAUGCCAGGAGCAGGUAUUGUUCACGCUCAAUAUACCAAAUUAACAUCUAUUAGAACCUUAUUAACACCUUACGUUAUGUACUACCUUAACCAUGAUUUGAUGUUGAUGUUGAUAUCACUCUUUUCACAAUUCUCAUUGUUAAUGCUCCACUUCCUCCCUUUGUUGGUGUGCGAGCCUCUGGGGCCGCCCUGCUCCACGUAUUUAAGGUUUUGUUUACCUUUUUUGCCUCACUUCACCUUAACUUCACCUUAACUUCGUUUUACCCUGUAUUGUCAGUUGAUAUGUUUUUGCUCCUCGAUCUAAGAAUUUGAUUAAGCUACACUGUGAAGUCAAUUUGUUGGUAACUAGUUGUUGUUGCCUCUAGCUAGGAGCCUGUCUCUAGCUAAUUUGUCUAGCCUGUCU